ACUUAAAUUAAAUCCAUAGCCUAUCAUCAUGCCAAUCAUUGGGGCGUCUUCUUUGACUUCAUCACUCUCCGUCCCGCCGCCGCCGGUUAGCCGGAGUAAGCCCAUUACCGCCGCCGCGGGAAACCUGAUGAGUUUUUCCAAUAUUCGUAAAACCAUUACCACCUCCCUCCCUGUAUUUCACAGCUACUAUGUUUCCGCUAUAAAAACCUUGGACCCAUUUGUGGCGGCGGAGGAAACCACCCCCACCCCCACCCCCACCCAGCCGCCACCUUAUUACGGUGGAGGUGACGGUGAUGGGAAGGACGAAGAUGCCGACCGAUCUUUGGUCGCGGCAAAGCUUCGCGCGAUCAUGGAGAUCGUGGCGGACAGGGUGGAAAUGCACCAGAGCAUCUACGAGCAAAGGAACAACUGGAACAGCCUCUUGUUGAACUCCGUCAACGGCAUCAUUCUAGCCGCAGGGUUAACGACCGCCGGCGGAAUCCCCUGCUGGGAACACGCCGGCGAAGCGUUACUACCCAUUAAGUUGUCGUCCACUCUGCUUUACCUCUCUGCCACCGCGGUGCUGGCGGUGAUGAACAAGGUUCAGCCCUCCCAGCUCGCGGAGGAACAGAGGAAGGCCGUCAGGCUUUUCAAGAAUCUCCUUUUCCAGAUCGAGACGACUAGCCGUGGCGAUCGUGCCACGGCUGGCGACGUCCACGAAAUGAUAGAGAGGCCGAACCCAAUCGGAGGCACGGAGAACGGCUGGACCGGGGACCUGGAGGAAGAGCUGGAGGAGAUAAUGAGGGUGGCGAGGGGAAGAGACGGGAGAGAAUACCUAAGGCUAGGGGGGAAAGCCCUGAAGCUGAACAAACUUCUGGCCGUCACCGGCCCCGCGCUGACAGCCACUGCCGCCGUCGCGUCAUCCCUUGCGGGACCCACCUCAUGCUGGGCGGCGGCGGUAGGGGCGGCAGCAGGGGCGGUGGCGGUGGGGGUGAGCACGGUGCAGCACGGGGGACAGGUCGGGAUGGUGUUCGAGCUGUACCGCAGCACGGCGGGCUUCUUCAAGUUCUUGGAAGAAUGUGUAAUUGAGCCGAAUCUGAUGGAAGGUGAUCCGGAGAGAAGGGAGAACGGAGAGGUGGUGGAGAUGAAGGUGGCGUUGAUGCUGGGAAGAAGUGUCUCGGAGCUCAGAGAUGUGGCUGGUGCUAAAUCAAGAUCGCUGCUGCACAUUGAUGAUGACGACGACUUUGCAUCCAAGCUUUUAUAAUUAAUUAAUUAAUGUGAAAUUUGUACUAAAUAAUAAGACUAAAACAUAAUGACUUUCCUAAUGUAGGACUUAAACUUUUUUAUUCCCUAAAUAGGACUUAAUAAUGACCUAGUUGAAGGAAUAAUGUCCAGUAAUGAUGAACAUUUAGUUGAAUAAUGACUACUUGAUAAU